ACCUAUGACAUUAUUUUGUUGCCUGUGUGCCAUCAUGACCACUGGUUUCUAAUGGUUGGCUAUCCAAAAUUCGAAACUCUGCUGAUUUUGGAUUCUCUGCCCAAGAAGCAAAGAGAAAAAAAAAUUGCCAAACACUGGAGAUGCUUUAUGGAAACCCGAUUUCAAGCUGAGCCUGCAACUCCUCUAUCAUGGACUCUUGGCCCCAUUAAGUCCUCAGUUCAAAAAGAUGGACAUUCCUGUGGAGUUUUUGUGCUAAUGAAUUCAGCAGCCAUUUUAUCCUACAUCUCCCCCCAAGUCAUGCGGCUGUGUCAUGUUGAGGCCUACAGAGCUUAUGUUCGUGAGGAGCUUCUCACUCAUGGGAAAUUAGACAAAAGGAGCCUCGCAUGCGACCUUCCAUUCUGUACAGCAAGCUACAAGAAGCAAAUCCAGUGCUACUCUUGUUUAAGAUGGUGUCACCAUGCCUGCCUUGGCACCAGAGAAAAAGACUUUGUGGAGACGUGUAUUUAUUGUGCAUAGGACAGUCUUGUGAUUGAGUAGAAAGACGUUAGAGAAAAGAUUAUUU